CGGGCUAACGAGAGAGAAAGACGCUUGGCAGGGCCUGGCUAAAGACAGAGAAAGACGCCUGACAGGGCCUGGCUAACGAGAGAGAAAGACGCCUGACGGGGCCUGGCUGAGGGGCGAGAAGGACACCGGGCCGGGCUGAGGCUGGCGAGAAGGAGGCCGGGUCCCGGACUCCCAGCCGGGCACCCCGUCCCCGGGGCAGGCAGGGUCGCCCUCCGCGCCGACGAGCCCCCUCCGGCCCCCGCCAUGGCCUGCAGCCUCAAGGACGAGCUGCUGUGCUCCAUCUGCCUGAGCAUCUACCAGGACCCGGUGAGCCUGGGCUGCGAGCACUACUUCUGCCGCCGCUGCAUCACGGAGCACUGGGUGCGGCAGGAGGCGCAGGGCGGGCGCGACUGCCCCGAGUGCCGCCGCACGUUCGCCGAGCCCGCCCUGGCGCCCAGCCUCAAGCUGGCCAACAUCGUGGAGCGGUACAGCGCCUUCCCGCUGGACGCCAUCCUCAGCGCCCGCCGCGCCGCCCUGCCCUGCCAGGCGCACGAGAAGGUGAAGCUCUUCUGUCUCACCGACCGCCGGCUCGUCUGCUUCUUCUGCGACGAGCCCGCGCUGCACGAGCAGCAUCAGGUCACCGGCGUCGACGACGCCUUCGAGGAGCUGCAGAGAGAGCUCAAGGAGCAGCUGCAGGCCCUCCAGGACAGCGAGCGGGGACACACCGAAGCCCUGCAGCUCCUCAAGCGCCAGCUGGCAGAGACAAAGUCUUCGGCCAAGAGCCUGCGAGCCACCAUCGGAGAGGCCUUCGAACGCCUGCACCGACUCCUGAGAGAACGCCAGAAGGCCAUGCUAGAGGAGCUGGAGGCUGACACGGCCCGGACCCUGACGGACAUCGAACAGAAGGUCCAGCGCUACAGCCAGCAGCUGCGCAAGGUGCAAGAAGGCAACCAGAUCUUGCAGGAGAGGCUGGCAGAAGUGGACCGACAUGCUUUUCUGGCAGGCAUUGGUUCUCUGUCUGAGAGGCUCAAGGGGAAGAUUCAUGAAACAAACCUCACGUAUGAAGACUUCCCCACCUCCAAGUAUACUGGUCCCCUGCAGUACACCAUCUGGAAAUCCCUCUUCCAGGACAUUCACCCUGUGCCGGCCGCUCUGACCCUGGACCCUGUGACUGCCCACCAACGUCUCAUCCUGUCGGACGACUGCACCAUUGUGGCCUAUGGCAACCUGCACCCUCAGCCCUUGCAGGACUCGCCGAAGCGCUUCGAUGUGGAAGUGUCCGUGCUGGGCUCCGAGGCCUUCGGCGGUGGAGUCCACUACUGGGAGGUAGUGGUCUCGGAGAAGACACAGUGGAUGAUCGGGCUGGCCCACGAGGCCGUGAGCCGCAAGGGCAGCAUCCAGAUCCAGCCCGGCCGCGGCUUCUACUGCAUCGUCAUGCACGACGGCAACCAGUACAGCGCCUGCACGGAGCCCUGGACCCGGCUCAACGUCAAGAACAAGCUGGAGAAGGUGGGCGUCUUCCUGGACUACGACAAGGGGCUGCUCAUCUUCUACAACGCGGACGACAUGUCGUGGCUCUACACGUUCCGGGAGAAGUUCCCGGGGAAACUCUGCUCUUACUUCAGCCCCGGACAGAGCCACGCCAAUGGCAAGAACGUGCAGCCACUGCGCAUCAACACCGUGCGCAUCUAGCCCCCACUCCUUGCCCGCAACACAGGGCGGCCCAGCAGGGCAGGGUGCGAGUCAUUUAUGGAAGGGUUGCUGGGCAGUUUUGAGCCUCCCCACCCCAGAUGCCCACGUGCUGCCUUCUCUGCCCUGAUCUAGGGGGACAGAUGCAUAGGCCAUGCCUCCCCAAGGAGAGCUGUUUCCCAAGCCCCCCAGGGUCCUCUCCAUUCCUACCAAAUUGAUUAUGGCCACUGCUGCUACUGCUGCAAGGUAACCAGUUCCCUUCCCAGUGGUCUGCUCCUCCUCCUCCCCGACAGUGGUCCCCUUCCCCUUAGCCCAAAUCUUUCUCUUGGAAGAGCCACUUUCUUCCCAGGGGGGAAGGGAAGUGGUUCUUCUCCCAGACAUUCUGGCCUUCCCCCGGCUCAGACUCCCUGGGGACUUGGGAUUGCCGUGACUUGCGGUCGCUGCUGCCCCUGGGCUGAGCCCAUGGUUCCCGGGCCCCCAGGGCUCUCUGUUCUCUCUACUCCGAUCGGUCACCUUAUCCUCCCGAAACCAAGCACCUGGUCUUGGAGCUAGUCUUCUUCUGUGUCCUGACCCUGCACCUACCCUGUCUGGGCCCCAGAGCUGGCCUAGCUGUCAGGAGGCAAAGGGGGCCUGGUCUCACUCAUGGAUGCUGUAGCUUCUGCAAGGGCCUGGGCCCUGGAGAGAUGGAAUUAGUAGUGCUUUAUUCUUUGGGGAUCACAGCCCCUUUGUCCCCUCUCAACCCUUUGGGGAGAAGCAGGCUAUAGGGAUUGGGGCAUUGUGUGUAUGUGUGCGUGCCUGUGUGUGUGUGUGUUUCUCUCUCUGAAGAGGGGAGCAUGGUCAGAAGGCCAGGAGGGUUGGAGUAAGGGCUUGGGGCAGAAAAGAAAUUGUCAUGAAAACAAACUGGGAGGGUGUGGGGAGAAGAGGGACGUCAGGCUGAAGGUUAGUGGAGGAGGAAGGGACGGCCCAGAGAUAGUACCGAAAGCUAAGACAUCGGCUCCUCAUGUGUAUAUCCUGUGCUAGUCAAGAGGCCUGACCCCACUCUGCCUAGUCAAGCCUCCCUGUGCCUUUUCUAGUCACAUCCUCCUGCCUUCUGCCUGGGGAGCUCCUGCUGCAAGACGUAGGUGGAGAGAGGGCUUUCUGAAGCGCAGAGACCUUCGGCUAGAGUAGCUGUUCUGCUCCAAGCUCCAGGCUGAGGUGGGAGAGACAGCCACUUGAACAGCCUGGUAAGUCAAAUGGCUCUGAUCUGGACUGGGCAGGGUUGCAGGGGGGUGGAAGGGGUGAGUGUGGGGAAGCAACAAACGGUGUCAGGCUGCUCAGUGUGUUUAAAGAGCAGAGACCAGGGGCCAACUAGUCGCUAGUUAGAGCAUCUUACAGAAGGGAGGGAGGGAGAGGGUCUGCUUCUUUCCUUGCUCAUUGGUGAGGUGGCAGGAAUUGAACCACAGCCCAGUGAGUCCAGGAAGGGAAAGGGCUAAACAUCACAAGAGCUGAAGAGGCAAAAGACAGGCUAGGGCAGAUGGUGAGGGGCUGAGAGUCUCUGGGUGGGGAGAGGUUUGUGGGGGAAGGGACUUCAGAUGGAGGAUACAGACUUAAACUGGGAUGUUUUUCCAAGAAAUAAUUUCCACCUUUUCACAGAAGUGCCAGCCAAUUUCGAACAAUCGUUCACUGAGAUAUGCACCGCAUUUCCCAUUUUAGGCAAAUGGGAGUAAGUUUCCAUUCCAGUGUUGGCAAAUUGAAGCCAGGCAAUGAGGCCUGCUUGGCGCCUGUUUGUAAGGGAAAGUGGUAAGAACGCUUAAGGUCGCAGCCCCAAGUCCUGCUCAAGCCUUCGGGCUUUGGGGGUCCUGCGCUGAGUGGGGAGAACUGAGGGUCUGUAGGGGAUCUCUGUGGUAGUUCCCCUCCCUCACCCAUGCAAUACAAAAGCAGGUAGUUCACUUUGGCUAGGUGGCCAGCGGAGGUGGGUGGUGCCUGGGGCUCUCUGCCAGGACGCCCGUCUCUGAUCUGCCCCUAUCCCUCUGACAUAUGCAGUGUGUUUUUUUUAAAGCAGUUUAAAAUGUGACCUUAUUCAUCUUGGGCAUCAUGACAAGGUUGUACAAAAUUAAAUUAAAGGUACCAAGUCUUUUCA